AUGAGUACUCGUGGAAUUAAAGUUGUUCUUGUUGGAGAUUCUUUCACUGGUAAAACUUCUCUAAUCCAAAGAUUAGUUACAGAUGAUUAUUUAGAUACUCAUUUAUCAACUGUUGUUUCUUCUUGUUUUCAAAAAACGAUACAUUUAAGUGAUAGAGAUAUGAAUAUUAAUAUUUGGGAUACUGCUGGUCAAGAACGAUUUAGAUCAUUAGCAUCAAAUUUCUUUCGUGACGCACAAGGUAUUAUCAUUUGUUAUGACGUUACUUCUCCAAAAAGUUUAACAAGUAUUCCUAUGUGGAUUACUGAAAAAGAAAAUAAAGCAGAAGAUAAUGUUAUCUGGAUGUUAGUUGGUUGUAAGUCUGACUUACAAACAAAUGUCGAAGAAACAAAAGUUAAAGAAAUUAUUGAUAAAUAUGGAGUUCUUCAUAUGACUUGUUCAGCAAAAACAGGAACUAACGUUAACGAAAUCUUUGUUACUCUUUGUGAAAGAAUUAAUGAAAUAUUACAAGAUCCUAUUAAUGAAAUUGAUGACGAACCAGAUUUGAUUAAUGUCAAUCAAACCCCUUCAACAACGAACAGUAAAAAAGAUUCAAAAUGUGAUUGUUGA